UGUUCCUUAUGCGGAACUCGCUGACUUCCGUAUCCCGCAACUCCUUCGCUGGCUUGCAGUCUUCCCUGGAGCACCUCUACCUGUCGGAGCCGUUUCUCUCUGAGCUGCCCUUUGACACGCUUGAUAAUCUCCACGAGCUCAAGACCUUUGUGCUGGAAGAUACCCAGGUCACCGAGAUACCGCGGCUUUACGCCCACUCCAAGCUCGAGUACCUCAAGAUAGACGGCGCCAGAGUCCAGUCCAUAUCUUCUGCUACAUUCAAACUCAUGACCAAGAUGAAGAAAGUUCAUGUGUCCCGAUGCCUCAUAAAGGAGAUACCAGAAAGUGCUCUGGAAGGACUAGUCCACCUACGGGAGUUGAAUAUGUCCUUCAACGCCAUCGAAUGGAUCCACCCCCGGGCUUUCCGGACUAUGGAACUAUUAGAACACAUCAACCUUGCUGGCAACAAAUUGACUGAUGCCUCCAUGGCGGUUCUAGCAGGCAGAGAAAUCCGUUCUCUUAAAACCUUGGACUUGAGUGAGAAUAACAUUAAGGUUCUCAAAAAAGGCACUUUUGUUGACAUGAAGAACGUAGAAGACAUCAAACUCACCGGCAACAAACUAGAGAGCAUCGACCCUGGGGCGUUUUCCAAGCUACCAAAAUUAAAGUCCCUUGACCUCGCUAAAAAUUUGUUGCAGGAGAUUCAUGCGGAUGUCGUGGAUGAAUGUCCUAAGCUGGAGCGUCUGUUGGCAUCUGCCAACAACAUAAGCCAUGUUUCUGAGCUGAAGUUCUUUACGAGAACUAUGCCUAAGCUUGCGGUUUUGGAUUUGGAGGAUAACUCUUUGAACGCCAGAGCUCCGCAGACGUGGAGUGGACACCCAAACCUGCAAGUCUUGAAACUGAGUGCCAACGACAUCACGCAACUCGAAAAGAAGACGUUUAGUGACUUGCCUAACCUAAGAGAACUUUAUGUCAGUCACAACAGGAUUCAAACCACUCCAAAUCUCUGGAAUCUGCCAAAGCUGUUGCUACUUGAUAUCUCCCAUAACGACUUAGGGAAUGUCAGUGCUCAGUUUCUCGCCGGUUUACCAAAGUUGACAUCUCUUGAUCUCGCCUUCAAUAUGGUUACUUCCAUUGAGAAAGGAGCAUUCCUUGAAGUAGCGUCCCUAAAAUCACUAAACAUGUCCUUCAACAAGAUAACGGACUUCCCUCAAGAAGUAUUCAUAGGAUUGAGGGACCUGUACUCGUUGGACAUCAGCUAUAACGAACUAACUGAGGUCAAAGAUACAUAUCUACGUGGCUUGUCAUCUUUAGAACAUCUUCUGGCUUCCCACAACCGUAUCAGCCGCGUGGACCCCUCAGCCUUUACCGACACUUCCCUUCUGAAGUACUUGGAUCUCUCAACCAACAUCCUCCAGGCCCUGCCAGCUGCUGCCUUGAAACGGCUUGGUUCUUUGAGAACCCUGAUCGUGCGUCGCAAUGCACUUAACGCUAUUCAUGACGGGGAUUUUUCAAACCUGAAAAUCGUCGAAACUCUUGACUUGUCCAAAAACCACAUUCAAGCAAUAUCUGAGCUAUCCUUCGCUUCUUUGGCAGUCGUACGCGAUCUUGACAUAAGCAGCAACUACAUACAAAAUUUGCCUCAUGAUCUUUUGGCUCCGUUAAAGCUGCUGGAACGGCUCAAUAUAAGUCAUAACUUUUUGGCGACAUUAGAACAAGGUUCGUUUUCGAACAAUAAGCGUCUACGGAUCUUGGACCUCACCAACAACUCCCUCACUCUUGUUGAUGAAACCCUCACUGGUUUGUCUUCUCUUCAAGGACUCUUCUUAAGCCACAACUACAUUGACAAACUUGCUAAAGGGACCUUCCAAAACUUACCAGCAUUGAACGUUCUAUAUUUUGACAACAACGGCCUCCAGCAGUUUGAACCGGGGACCUUCGAUGACCUCCGGUCUUUGGUACUUUUGGACUUGAGUUCCAACAACUUGGUGGAGUUGAACCAAGGAUCAUUCGGAUCACUGAUAUCUCUCAAGGAACUCAGGUUGGACAACAAUCAAAUUACGAUGGUGAAAGAUGGUGCCUUCAAAGACCUGCCUUCCUUACAGAGCCUUGAGUUACAAGACAACCUCAUUUCUUUCAUUGGACAUUCUUCCGUUAACGGCAUGGCUUCCCUUAGGUUCCUCAACCUGAGCAAAAAUGCCAUCCAGGACAUUCCCACCGAAAUGUUUGAGCGGUUGUCCGCUCUCGACGUCCUCGACAUCAGCUCGAAUUUCAUACUCGAAAUCGACGAUCACAGUUUUGCCAAUCUCGAAUGGCUUACCGUGCUCAUGCUGCACAACAACGACAUCUGCCGCCUGUCCGAGGGAUCGUUCGUCCGGCAGCGCCGUCUGCGGGUCCUCACUCUCAACGGCAACCAGCUGCGCCGGCUGCACCUGCAGGCGCUGGGCUCCGCCAUCACGGGUCUCUCCCUUCUCGACAUGAGCGACAACCCCUUCAGCUGCGAUUGUCAACUGACGUGGUUGCGGGAGUACAUGCAAGGGGAGGAGGAACGGCUGGUGCUGGAGUCUAGAGAGGGCGGUGCUCGCCUUGACCCCGCCUCAUCCCGCUCCGAAGUCAGUAAUGCUCGCCUUGGCUCCGCCUCCUCCCGCUCCGAAGUCAGUGAUGCUCGCCUUGGCCCCGCCUCCUCCCACUCCGAAGUCAGUGAUGCUCGCCUUGGCCCCGCCUCCUCCCACUCCGAAGUCAGUGAUGCUCGCCUUGGCCCCGCCUCCUCCCACUCCGAAGUCAACGCGGCUCGCCUUGGCUCCGCUUCCUCCCACCCCGAAGGCGGCGACACCCGCCUUGGUCCCGCCUUUGAAGCGGCCCUGCUGGACAGGUCUCCUCUGACGAAGCUGCAGCUCUUGGCACUGCAGAGGUUUGGCCUCAGCGGUGCCCACUGGGCCAAAAUGGCCAGAGCCGAGGCCACGAGGAGCAGGAUGACCCUUGAGGCCCGCGAUGCCCUGAGGUCUCGUGAGACAAGGGCCUACGCCUCCGAGAGGGUGCUGGCGCAGCUCCCCCUGACGGCGGUGCCGACGUGCGCAGGUCCUCCCCAGUACGCGGGCCUCCCCAUCACCCAGGGGGAAUCGUACCUGGACCUGACCCACCCCAUCCUGCUGACCCACUUGUCCCCCUCGGUGACCCCGCCCCCCGCCGCCCCCCUCACCACCACCUACAUCAUCAUGUCCUCCACACCUAGUCACCUAGACCUGCAGGUGACACAACAAGUGACACAGAAGUUGGCAUCAACCCUCCCCAACCCUGACUACAACCUCAUCACUGGGGACACUCCUACCAUCUACGCUGGCAAUCCUUCCCCAGAUCCCGAUCCUCCUCAAGAGUCAUCAUCACUUUUCCCAGGUCUUCCUUCACUCCCGUCAAUCCUACAAACAAUUGGCAGCAUCUCCAACCUUAAGCUUCCCAACAUUGGACUCAGUAUGAACUGGGCAAAGUUACCAGUGGGAAGGAUCGCUUCCCCGGACCCUUUGUCGUCAAAGUUUGGGGUAGCUGCCUCAGGGGUUGAAAGGAAAAACUCGAAUUCUAAACCCCCACUUUGGAUCGAAGGGCCCAACGGAACUAUACUGAAUCCUAUGUUUGAUUUGCAGCAACCACUUGUUCCGAGUCUCGAGAAUCCCAAAAAGAUAUACCCUAACGACCUGAAUGUUUCGCACUCUUCUAAUUCUGCACUGGAUUCGUUUGCUUCGCCUUCGAUUUCUUUCCAUACUGCCGAGGAAGGAAGAUCCUCGCAAUCCAUAAUUAAAUUCCCUGAAGAUCGAUCAAGAAACUCUGGGUUCCUCAAAGGACCGAAUCCUGAUAAUUUCCGAUUUCCAGAUGAUCCUCCCCGAUCUGAUGGUAGGGCUCAGUCGGGGUUUUCGUUCCCAUCUAACGGAGGUUUCCCUCACAGACAGGCGAAUGACCGAAGGAAGGCAACACCUCCUUCUCUCACCCGGCAACAUCCUCUUCCUUCAGUCGUCAAUGUAGGACCAGGUAUGAAUGCUGGGCGCCCGUUUCUACCUGGACUUGCGGGUAACCAACCAAACAUGCGGUCUCGACCGUCCCACAUUAUUAAAAGCAGGCCUGGUCUUGCGUCCGUUACGAGAGUCGUAGAGGAAGACACAAGAACUCAAGGACAAACCCGCAGUCAACCGCAGUGGUCAACCCCAGAAGUAAUCAAUCCGCUAUCCGGGGUGUCACUUUACCAACCACUGGACCAAUUCAUGCCCUACCAACCUCCUCGUACUGACAAUCCAAUCAGAGAAAUUCCACCACCUUUCAAUCAUGGUCCGCACAUACCUGGAUUGGUACCUCCUAAAAUUGCGAAUGUUACCAGGAACUCCAACCGACUGCAUGAGCAACAUGAGAAUUCUGAGAUCCUUACCUACUUGGACCCGACGAAUCUGAUGGAGAACAACCCUCUAGAAGUUGUCCCGUUUGUACCUGAGUUUGAAGGUAAACUUUCCUCAGAUACUUCUGAAGUCAGCACGGAGUCUUCUACAACCGUCGUCUCAACGACCGUGUUCUUCCCUGACCAUGACCAAGCAUUACGUCUCAGAUCUACCCCAUCUCUUGAUGUGCCCGGGUUCGCUGCCUCCACCGUGUCGUCUCAGUUGGUAGACAGCAUUCCUCAGAAGCCUCUGAAAAUUCUGCAGAUCAACGACUCAUAUAAAAAUGUGAGCGCUUCUUCUUUUCCAGUUGGCAUAAGCGAUGACAAACCCCACAGUAUUGACGACAUUCUUGACGUCCUCUAUGGCUUGGAAGAUGGUGACGCGCUAGACCGACCUCACACUCCUGUACCGUUUCCUCACAACGACUCGUUGAGGCUACCUCAUAAUCUUACCAACGAAGAACUUCCCCUUGGCUUAGGGCCCCCGCCGAGUAUCCGCAUCGCAACAGAACCAACACACGAACAAAGUUCAUUUUCUUCGCCAACUCUACCAAACCCGGCGUAUCCCAGUGGGUUGUCACACCCGAUCUUCGAGCCGGUGGACAGCACUAAGUCUCCUCUCCCUCUAGAUCAAUUACCUCCUCGCCGUGAGAACAGUCACAUCGAUACAACGGAAUACUCCGUCGCAUCUACGACAUUCAGCCAACGACCACCCACGGUUUACGGCACGUUCAGGAAUGAACCAACUCCAGUGCCGAUCUCAGAAUCGCUAGGUGAUCAGGAUGACUUUGUAGAGCCACAAUUGGGGCUGGGAGUAUCGGUCAUGCAUGGAAAGCCUUCGCCUGAGAAAAAACACCAACUUCACCUGCAGGCUGCCGAUGCGGCUGCUCAAAUACCUGAAAAUGACCACUUGGUUCAGAUUUCUCCGGAUCUCGGGCCUGUGAACAUCCUUGGUGAAGGUCCUGAUUUGGAUACCAGCAGUCCUGUAACGAGAUAUGCGUUCGGUAUCACGAAUGAAGAUCCAAAGAAAAUCAUACGUACUUACGGUCUCGAUGCUGACCGAAUUAGAGACCAUUCACUCUAUCCGAUUGACGACAUUGCGUUAUUGAAAGCGCUGCGAUACGGCAGUGGUCCUCUGAACUCUGCUGGUGGACUAAUACCUCCUCCUGCUUCCGAAAAUCCACCCGUCGCCCAAACAACAACUCCUUACCAGGACUCGUUCUACGAUUAUCAGGAGACUCUGGAAGAACCGAUUGCCAGUUUUCAACCUUCAGGCGAUCCAUUUUCCAAUUCGGAUUUUAGUUCAACUAGAUCUCGAGAACCACAGGACUUUGUUGACUAUAGAGAAGAUUACGAUGUACCAGAAGCUCCUCAGAGUCAUGUUUUCUCUAGCUCAGUGGACAAAGUGUCUCCUCCUCCGAGGUACAGUGGAGGAGGACCCGACACUAUAUUUCGGGAAGAUUUUGUUCCCUCCCUCAGCCCUUCUAUGGCUGUACCUCCACCGCAAGGAUUAGACAAGAUAGGUGAUCCUCACAUCGCGCUGCGGCAACAACACCCUUUGAGUGAACAUGAGGAGCCUAAGGCAGGUCCUCUGCAGGAGGAUGUCGUGAGGCAAGGCACCUUAGAAAAAGACAGUAAAGAAGGACCCUUGCGCGACAACGUUGACUGGUACUACGAGAACUACUUCCGAGACUACAGCAACUCUACGAACGUACCCAUAGGAAGAAACGCUGUUGGUAGUGGUUCUGUCACAACCACUAGUUCAGCGUCCAUCGGGUUUAUUCUGGCUUUUUUGACAGCUAUUUUUAUUUAAUUCUGAAUCUGUGAGCUUGUUAGCUACCAAGGAAUUGACUAUGUUAACGACCAACAGGUCAACUACCAAGCCUGGUACCAAUGUAUAUCAACUGCAAAAGAUUUAAUCUACCAAGUUGAUUACCAAAGAGGUACUCAUGCUCGUCAACUACCACACCUCCUGUACCAAAGCACGUAGACUACCUACUCUACAUGUACCUAUGCAUGUCAAGUACCAAAAAAUUCAUUGAUUAUUUUUAAUACCAAAGAAGCGCCUAUUCAUGUUAAUUACCAAAGAACUUAUGCAAUUAAAGUGUUUAUGUAAAUAGAAUUUCAGUGGAGCGUCUAGAAUUUAUUGUGAAAUUUAAGUAAGGGCUCGAGCAAACAUUUGUCGUUAGUGAAACAUGCACCAAAGUCUUGAAUACCUCGAGAAAAGUCAAGUUUAGUUCUAAAUUUCCCCUAGAAAUAUGAAGGUAAAAAUAUCUCCUGUGACAGAAGGGUUCGUUCCGUUCAAAAACAUGACCCCUGCCGGGGUUUCGGUCUACGAACGGAACCCUGUCCCGUGUUUCGGUCUAUGAACGGAACCCUGUCCCGUGUUUCGGUCUAUGAACGGAACCCCUGCCACGUGUUUCGGUCUACAAACAGAACCCAUGCCACGUGUUUCGCUCUACGACCAGAACCCCUGCCCCUUGUUUCGGUCUACGAACGGAACCCCUGCCCCGUGUUUCGGUCUACGAACGGAACCCCUGCCCAGUGUUUCGGUCUAUGAACGGAACCCCUGCCCGGUGUUUAGAAGAAAUGUACAUUUUUCGUUUUUAUGACCCAUUAUUUGAAGGAUUUUUUCAAAACUAAGAAUAUAGAAGCGAAAAAAUACCACAAUUUUUUUAUAUUUAUCAAAAAUUUUUACUGUGAACGCCCCAUAUCAUAAACGUAGUUACUUCAUAGCCCAGCAGUAUUUUAUUCAUGUGUACGGUUUACGAUCCUGUUUAUACGUCUACUUGUAAAUGAAUUUUUCUAUUUUUAAAACGUGCGAGAUUUUACGUACAUAAAACCUCAGAAGUUUCA